CCUCAAUUUUACUUGUCAACUUUGUCAACAUAAUUAACAUUGAAAUAAUUGGCGCGAUGGGCGUGAUUGACAGAAUCUGCUCUUGAAUAAAAGUGAAUGAAGCAAUUUUGUAAUGAAAAAUGAAAAUUUCGCGGCAUAAAAAGGUGCAGAAACACCUGGGCUUCUUUAAAAAUAAUUUUAAAUUUCGGGAGCCUUUUCAAGUUCUGCUUGAUGGAACUUUUGCGUAUGCCGCACUUGAGGCGAAAUUCAAUAUAAAAGAACAGCUAGUGAAAUACUUUCAAGCUGAAGUGAAACUACUCACAACUCAAUGUGUGAUUUUGGAAACUGAAAAAUUAUCACGCUUGGAAAGAAAAUUGAACGGAGCAUUACAAAUUAUAAAGAAAUUUCCUCUGCAUAAAUGUGGACACGAGAAAAAUGCAGUCUCUGGGUCAAAAUGUUUGAAAUCUAUGGUUGGCAAUGAUAAUGCCUCUAGAUAUAUUAUCGCCACUCAGGAUCGCGAGUUUCAAGAUCGCGUUAGGAAAAUUCCGGGAAUUCCUCUUCUUUAUUUGCACGAGAAAGCUCCAACUCUCGAACGUCCAUCCGAAGCAAGUUGUAAGCGCGCCGAAGAGUUGCGGAACGGAGCAAUCACGAACAAUUUGCAAGUUCAAACAAUUAAGAUUCUAAAAGAAAAAUCGGGUUUGGCAGAAACCGAAAUCAAAAUCAAAAAGAAGCGAAAAAGGGGAGGCCCGAACCCUUUGAGUUGCAAAAAGAAACAGAAAAAGAAUCUAGAGAUCCAGUCUGCAAAAACAAGUGGGAAAGUUAGAAAGAGGAAAAGAAUUAAACUACCAGCUCAUGUAAAAGAAGCUCUGAAAGCGCAAAUUUCUGCUUGAGAAAUAAAAACACGACUUUGACCAAGAAAAUAAAUUAUCUACAAAAUGGAGAAGAAAUAAGGACUUGGUUUUAAACAUAAAAUAGUGCUUUGCGCUUGUCCGAUUAAAUGUUUUAAAAAAUUGGAAUAAUUUCUACGUUUAACCGAUGAAAUAACUCUCUCGUUUUCAACUUUUUUAUUUUUCCGAAAAAACAGUAGAUUGUAACUAAAAAUAAAUACAUUUUUAGGAUUC